GGGCGCUGAGGUGAGGAACGAAGCCCGGGGAGGCGGCACGAAGGAGGUGGUGAGGAGCCGGGGAGACAUGAAGACUCCGUGGUGGCGGGCUGAAGGGCCCCACAGGCCGGCAGGAAAGGGAUAGCCCUUAACAAAUCCUUGGCUAUUUUACCUAAGUUAAGUGAUGGAAACAUACACUGAAGAAAAAAUAAACACCUUUGGGUCUUUGGCAUUCAUAUUUGUGAGAAAGAAUCUAGGAUGUUCCAAGAAAACACAUCAGCCAAUUGCUUAAGUAGAAUAACAACAUCUACUGAAGAUGCCGCUUUCCAAAAAAAAGGCCACAGGGCAAGAAUCCUUAGCCCAGAAGAAGCUGAGAAGCUGGCAAAAGAUCAGGUUUUGGUGUCUGAGUUCAAACAGCUAAAACUGGAGAAAGAGGCACAGAAGAACUGGGAUCUGUUUUACAAAAGAAACAGCACCAACUUCUUCAAAGACAGACAUUGGACAACCAGAGAAUUUCAAGAGUUAAAAGCAUGUCGGGAGUUUGCAGAUCAGAAACUGACCAUUCUGGAAGCAGGCUGUGGGGUUGGGAACUGCUUGUUUCCACUCUUAGAAGAAGAUCUGAAUAUUUUUGCCUAUGCUUGUGAUUUCUCUCCUAGAGCUGUUGAGUAUGUGAAGCAAAAUCCCUUGUACAGUACUGAAAGAUGUAAAGUGUUCCAGUGUGAUCUUACCAAAGAUGAUCUUCUAGAAAAUAUACCAGCAGAUUCUGUGGAUGUUGUCACACUUAUAUUUGUGCUUUCUGCCAUUCAUCCUGACAAAAUGCAUCUUGUCUUGAAGAAUAUUUACAAGGUAUUAAAACCAGGCAAGUGUGUCUUGUUCAGAGACUAUGGACUGUAUGAUCAUGCAAUGCUCAGGUUUAAAUCUGGCAGCAAACUUGGAGAAAACUUUUAUGUUAGACAAGAUGGGACAAGAUCGUAUUUUUUUACUGAAGAGUUCUUGUCUCAGCUUUUCAAGGCUGAGGGAUAUGAGCAAGUGGUCAAUGAAUAUGUGCAGCGAGAAACUGUGAAUAGGAAAGAAGACUUGCGUGUUCCAAGAGUUUUUCUUCAAAGCAAAUUUCAAAAGCCUUUCAGUAAGACAUAAGUUCUUGCUGAUUAGCAACAGCAUUGCUUGUUUGAAAUGGAAGCUAGCAUGUAGUUUUUCCUUGUAUAUGCUCAUCUUUCUGGUAAACCAGAAAUGACUGCAUCCAGUACCUCUGGUGGGUUUUCAUCCUCAGAUAUGAAAUAUGAAUGCUAUUUCUAACUCAAAUUUAAGAUGGUUUAGUGAUGCAGGCAACCUGUUGAGUAUCUGUAUUCCUGCUUCUAAAGUAAAUCCUGUGCAGUAUUGUUGGAGGAUCAGGUAAAGCCCACUAAAUAUGGUUCAUUUUAAGCAAUAGUUUUCAUUAGUUAUUAUCAUAAUUGUUAUUUCUGUUUUUAUUAAAACUAAUUUUUAAAUAAGUAUCCUGUGUUUCCUGUCACUUAUGGGUUUUGUGCCCUGUUAAAGUUACAGUGUUUCAUCUGCUUUCAGUACUCCUAGGACUUCUGAGUAUAAUUUCUCUGAUACAGGAAUGAAACAGACUCAGUGAGUGGUAUAAUGUAAGUGGCUUUGAUAUUUUAAUAAUGGUUCUGUUUUUAAUGUGCUCAGCAUUUAGGUAUGUAAACAAAUGUUUAUAUUCUAAAUAAGAUCCUAAUUUAUCUGAUUUCAUGCUUAAAGAGAAUUGUUAGAGGAUCAGGUUGUCUUCAUUUCUAAUUAAUUUCAGAGGUUCUUCAUUUGAUGAGCAGAAAUAGUUGAGGUUUUGCAAGUCAGUUUCUCAUUCGGAACUGAAAUCAGUGAGUCAGAAGUACUUUCUUUUAUAUCAAGUGUAGUCAGCUGCUGCUUUCCUGGGCAGAGGUCUUAAUUCUUUUCCAACACUCUCAGGAACGCUGUUGGUCUUUGCUGUUCCUAUCACUAAAAGCCACUGUAUUAAUGCUACGGCUCAUAGCAAGCCACAGACUUGACUGCUUGAAGGAACUUCAUUCUUUCCCUUUAACAGCCCUGGCACUUUGCACUACAGAACCUCUUCUUUGUUCUUGGAUGACAUAAUCUCAAAAACAUGUCUGGAUCUUAAACCUGCAUUUUGAACAGCUGCUCUGCAGCAGAGGAAACUCAGAAGUAUUGGUGACUUGUGCAAUGGGCUGUGCUGAUCUUGUGUAAUGUAGGCAAGGUGCAACAAGGGAAAUUCCAAUGAAAUAGUGGAACCUCCGUCCUUGGAAAUACCUGUAAAUGGACUGGGCAAGGCCUUGAGCAACUUGUGGCUUUAUUUCAGAGUGUCCCUAUUCUGAGUAGGGAUUCCAUCUCUUGCAAUAUAUAUUUGUAUGUGAUUGAUUGAUUGAUUGACUCAGGCUGUCAUUCCACUGGGCUUAUGUGUUGGUAGAUGACCCACUCAUACACAUCUGACUUGGACCAGAGGUGAGUAUUUGCCUCUAUUUGUGACGAACUAGCCGUAAGGUGUGAUAAUGAUCUAAUGAUUUCUUUUUUUUUCCAGUGCGCUUAACACUGGCUGUGUGUGGGUGGAGGGAAAGAAAUAGUAACUUUUCCAGCGUAAAGCCUAAUGCUACAAAGUUAACCAGUCAGAAUUUUUUGAGCAAAUUGGAGCGGCCAGUGGUCUUAUUCAGUUGAUACGUUUAUAAAUAAAUUUGCAGCAGAUCAUCGCUUUGCAUCAGGGCACCACAGCUUUUUUUGGUCUGAUACCAUGAGCCCCGAAGCUGGAUUUAUUGUGUCAUCCAACUUUGGUCUCAGAGGAAAAAGAGAUUAAACCACACUAUUCUCCUAAUGACUCUUUGAGGAGGGUUAUUACAUGACAUCUCCUUUUUUUAUGGAGAGUAUCAUCCUGGGGAUUUAUGCACUGCUGACCCCUGGUGCGCAACCCAUUAGCACUUUCUGCCAUACUAGCGAUAAAUAUCUAGUAGUAUUUACAGUAAAUGAAAAAAUAUGUUAAAAAGGAUAUAACAAUGAUAGCGUUAUUAUAAUCUGCGCAAUCAUAAUUUUGUGGCUUCCCUCAGCAAAUGUUCAUCUUUAAUACAGCAGUUCUGCAAUGACUGCAUGUAGUCUGAGCUCUGUUGACUUUUAGUGGGAUUUGAACCCUGUAACACCAAGUGACUUAUAAGACUGAAUGUAUGGUCCUUUUAGAGUAUACAGCAUGUAAAUGAGGCUGAAGGAUGGCUCCUCAUCACUUUGGCAUAUGAUUGUCAGCAUAUGCAAAUGCAUGUGCACUGAAGUGAGCAUCCCAGAAAGGAAAUGAAAUGCAGCAAUUGUUAAAAAUAUUAAUUGGAAGGUUUGAGUCAACCCAAUACACAGCUGCAGACAGCCAUUGGCUUCCUUUUUACACUGAACUAGCUAUUGGCUGAACAAUAAUACACCUUUUUGUGGCUGUAGCGUCAGUGUUUCUGUGUGUUUCUGCUUGAGGAACUACUGUCACUUUUUAUGUAGCAACACAUUAAAUGGAGAGUAGUAGUUCUAAUUUAUUUGUUUCUCAUUCAGUCUCAUUUCCAGCCAGACCUGGAAAAUAAAGUAGCAUGCGUUAGCGCCCCUGACAGAAAGGCCUUCAGCUAUAGUUGCCAUAAAGCAGAGAUUAUUUUCAGGUGAAUGGUCAGAAAGCUUUAUUUGGUCUCUAUGCCUCUGCUUCUGUAAACUCUAAAUCAUUACAAGUUUUUGUAACUGUGGUAAAGUUUGAGGAAGUUGAGUCAGCUUUAAGAAAUCCUGGCCUCAUCAUGUGAGAUGCAAUAAGUGAUGGUAUGCAUGUGGCUAUUGUAGUGCUGAGUAAAGUGGGUAUAUUUCCCCCCCGCAACCCUUCAGCCUUUCCAAGCUUGUGUAAGCUCACCAGAGGUGGCACAUGCCAAGGAUACUCCUAUCUAGUAUCCUUGCUUGAAGAACUGUCCUUGGGGAGAUGUGUUAACCAGGGUAAAUAAUGUCAAAAAGACUUGGAAAAAAUAUACAUGCACUGAAUCAUGCUCACCUUGCACAAACAAGCUACUAUGCCGUGAUUGUAAUAAACAUCUUGAUUGUUCUUUGUUUUAAUGGAGGCUGCUGAGACAGACUCAGUUGUCUGUAGAAGACUUUCCUUUUGUUUCCCUUAACCUGAACUAGCUGCCCUAUCUGGCAAGCAUAAGUAGUAAGUUACUUCAUGCUAUCACUUUGUUCUGAGCAAUAUUUAGAAUAGAAGCAAAUUAUUAAGAAAACCCAAUUUAUUUAUUUUUUAAUUUUUUUUUUUUAUGGUUUGGUACACUGUGACUAUAUUCUCUGAUGUUUAAUAAAGAACGAACUCUGGUUAAAGCUUUUCCUGUGGUUAGGGAAUCCUAAAUGUCACUUUACAGUGUGGGAUUCUCUGAUGUCUCCUACUGGAAUUAGACAGCUUAUAUUAAAGGACCAUGUUAAUGGGGCAGUACAUCAG